AUUUCUUUAUUUUUUAUAGAAUUAAUUUUGCAAAAUGUUGUCCCUGAAAAUUUACCCCUUAAGCUGAUUCUUAAUAUACUGAUGUCCAGAGCUGACCCUUUAUAAAUGGAUACCAACAAAAUCAGACUUUCAUAGAGAAAAAGUACCUGAUUUCCAAGGUAAUAAAACCAGCAAUAAAAUGCAAUCUUCUAUAUUUGCUCAAAAAGAACCUGAAAAAACUGGUGGCAAAGAUUUAGAUUAUGUUGGUUUUGCUAAUCUACCUAAUCAAAUUUAUCGUAGAGCAACUCGACAAGGAUUUGAAUUUACAAUAAUGGUUGUAGGUGAAUCAGGUUUAGGAAAAUCCACUUUCCUCAAUACAUUGUUUUUAACAGAUAUAUAUUCAAAUGAAUAUCCAGGACCAACUCUAAGAACAAAGAAAACAUUAGAAGUAGAAACAACUAGGGUGCUUCUUUCAGAGAAUGGUGUAAAAUUAACAUUAACGGUUGUAGACACUCCUGGAUUUGGAGAUGCUGUAGAUAAUUCAGAAUGUUGGAAGCCAAUACUUGAAUAUAUAAAUCAAAGAUAUGAAGAUUAUUUAGAAGCUGAAUCAAAUGUGCAGCGAAGUUACAUUUCUGAUAGACGAGUACAUUGUUGUUUGUAUUUUAUUUCACCAUCAGUAUAUGGAUUGAAACUUCUUGAUAUUGAAUUUUUAAAACAAUUACAUGACAAAGUAAAUAUUAUUCCUCUUAUUGCCAAAGCUGAUACAAUGACACUAGAAGAAUGUGAACUCUGUAAAAGAACUAUUUUAGGACAGUUGGCAAAACAUAAGAUUAAAAUUUAUGAUUUUCCAUCAUGUGAUAAUGAUGAUGACAACAAAACACACAAAAUUAUUAAGCAAAAAGUUCCUUUUGCAAUUAUAGGAAGUAAUGCACUGAUAAAUGCAACUGGUAAACAAAUAAGGGGUAGAAAAUAUCCUUGGGGAAUUGCUGAAGUUGACAAUUCAGAUCAUUGUGAUUCACUUACAGUGAGGAAUCUCUUAUUAAGGACACACAUGCAUGACUUAAUGGAAGUUACAGGAAAUGUUCAUUAUGAAAAUUUUAGAAGUAAAAAAUUAGCUGGUGCCAGUGAUGGCAAAUCAGUAAGAAUAUCUAAUAAUUUUUGCCCACAAAGGAUUCUCAACACCUUCAUGGUGUUUUGGAAUCCAUUGGCACAAAUGGAAGAAGAGAAAAGAAACCAUGAUGAAAAUUUAAAACAUAAGGUAAAAGAAAUGGAAAAUGUAUUUGAAUUCAAAGUAAAAGAAAAACUUCAAAAAUUAAAAGAUUCAGAGGCAGAGCUACAACGACAUAUUGAACAAUUAAAUGCAAAUUUGGAAAAAGAACAUAAAGAAUUGGAAGAGAAACGUCGUGCCUUUGAAAAAGAAAAAUCUUUAGAAGAGUUAACCCAAACUACUACUACAAAUCAAGAAAAGAAGAGAGAAAAGAAAAAGUCAUUAUUCUAAUAAUAGUACUUAAUUUAUUUAUAUUGUUGGUAACUAAACAAAAAGAUAGUUUACUCUUUUAUCAUCCAUUUUUUCAUCUAAGGAAGAUUUGUCUUCCAUUUACCAAAAUAUGUGAACAUAAAACAAAAGAAUUUUGGAUGCUGCCACAAAUAUUUUAUAACUAAAAGGAUUUAAGAUUAUUAGGAUCCCAUUACAGGCAUUGUAUGAUACUGUACAGAUUCAAAUUGUAUCCAGGAAAAUAUGCAUUUUUUUAAAAGUACAAUUUUAAAACCAGAUGAAUUAUAUUCAUUUUGGUGACAGUUACUUUUGGGGUAAGUUUUAAAAAAAGGGUUGUGACAGUCUCUGCUUUAAAAGUAAAUGAAUUUGUUAUUGAGCUGUUAACAACAAUUAUCAAUAUUUUACAGUUUAUUUUGUUAUAUGUCUGCUAUACCCAUAUACUGACAAGCGCACAAGCUAUUUGUUUUUUUAUUAUAUGUUUAUAUAAUUUAAAAUUUUGUUGAAAUAUAUUAUAUAUAGCGACACUAGUCAAAACCAGCAUUUAGCUUAACAGCAGCUAUUGUUCAUUUAUUUGCAUUAUUAUUAUUUAAUUUCAAAUUUGCACAUUUAUAUUAAUUUUUACUUUUUUUUUAUCUACUUAAUUUUUUUAAUGUGUUCUGGAAUUUGAGACAGAAUAUAAGUCAUGAAUAGUUAACCAUUUUGUAUAAACUGUCUGAAACAUUAUUCAAAAUUCAAUUUCAUUUAAUUUUUUUUAACACAAAACCUCCAUGGUUACGUAUUGUAUAUAGAUCUGUUGGUGUCUUUAGUACUUAUAUGGCUAGUCAGGGCUUUGGCUCAUUUGUGCUAUAGUUGGAAGUAUAUUUGUGUAUCAUAAAAUAUGUCAAGUUGUCUUUUGUAUUGAUUUUGUAACAAUAAAACAUCUUCAGAUCAUGUCUCUUUAUUAUUUUAACUGUUGAAGAUUUCUAUAGUGUGCAGCAUUUCCAACAAAAAUUUUCAUAGAGAAAAACUUGGGAUGGAGCAUAAAUUUAUAUGGAAUUUUGUUUUACAUCAUACUUGCUGACAUACAAUCUGCACAUAAAACAUAUAUUAUAUGAGUACAAUAUCAUACUGUAUCAUUAGACUAAUAGAAAUAUUUUGUUUUUUGAUAACCUUUUGAAUUUUUAAUUUAGUUUCUUUACUUAGGACUUACAAAGAUCAUUUCUAUUCAUUUACUUAAUUUGUUUUAUUCUUGCAUCCUUUCUUUCUUUUGUAUAUGAAAAUUCAGAAUAAAGUAACAGUAUUCAAGAAUAAUCUGAUUAUAUGUAUAUUUAUCCUUAUAUAAGUAUUUAAGUAGGAUAAUAGUUAUGAUAUUUUGCAAAUAUUUAAUUCAAACUCAAAGAAAAAAUUAUUCUUCUAAAGAUACUUUUUUUCAGAAUAGAGUUGGUUAAUAAGCGAAAAGUCAGUAUUGAUGUCUUCACAAGAAAUGUUGUUUAAGAAAAUCUCAGGAUUGUAUCAUUGCAUUCUUCUAAUCAUCAAUGAAUUUCUGUUGUGUAUCAGAAAUUUUGGAAGUAAUUUACUAGACAGUUUCCCUUUUGUACAUUGUGGUGGAGCAUUCUCCUUUGUACACAUUGAAGACUGCACUAUGUUGCACAAAGGAGUAAAUUGUUACUUAGGUGCAAUAUUUUUUAUAUAUGGCUGAGAUUAUUGGAAGGUUAAUAUAUUUUUUUUACAAUUAAUACUAUAAAAUAUCUGCAUUUCAUACAUUUUAU